ACUUAUUGUAUUUGCAAGCACGAAAGAUAACAAGAAUAAGAAACUGACGCAAACUUGUUAGAAACAUGGCCAACUUUUAUUUGGGAAACAUUAUUUUCUUACUCGUGCUUCUGGUUUCAGUUGUGUGGAAGGCAAGCGCAGUGAAUACUGAUACCGAUGUAUGUAAAGAUAAUAUUUCGUAUGAUGACGAAGAUUGCAAAAAAGGUUUAUAUCUGAGUUGUAGCGAGAGAUGCAGAGAAAAAUAUGGUCGCAAAUAUAUUACAGGACAGUGCGUUAGACGAUUUUGGGGAUCAGAGAUUUGUCAAUGCUUGUAUAAAUGUCCUCCAAAAAAACCUUUCUUUCAAAGAUUUAAGGAUAAAAUGAAGAAAAAACCUCCCCUUCAUAAACCGAGGGAGAUUGAAAAACAAAAACCUAUUGAAGGAGAACAUAAACAACCUAUUGAAGGAGAACAUAAACAACCUAAAGAAGGAGAACAUCAAAAACCUACUGAAGGAGAACAUAAACAACCUAGUGAAGGAGAACAUCAAAAACCUACUGAAGGUGAAGGAGAACAUCAAAAACCUAGUGAUAAUUAAUAAGGAUUUGGCUAACACACUUUUUUAGAAAAGAAAUAAAAAUUAUAUAAAUAAAAUUUAAAUUCUCAAUAUAUUAUUAUAUGUUGGAAUUCAGUAAUAAUGCCUAAGACUACUUAUUAUGAAGUGCAGAAGUAUGAGACUAUUAAUUAUACAAUUAUUUUCCGAAAUUCAAGCACACUUAAAGUUAUUAAUAAAUAAAGAAGGGUGAUGAGGAUGAGGAUGAGAAGUUUUGAGAUUCAAUGGUCCAGAAAUUUUUUUUUAUAGUAGUCACCUUUUAAUAAUUAUAUUUCAAAAUUUAAAGUUAAUUGUGAUGCUAGCAUUGUUAGUGUUGCAAGUGUGAGGAGUGUUGAAGUUAAUCCCACAUCAAAAAAAACAAGGAAGAGUGAGGAAUUUAUAAGAUGAGAGACUCAUUAACUUAACACUUUAAAGUUUUGAGUUGGAUGUGGUGUCUUCUCAUCUUAUGUUCUCUCACUUGAUUCCUUCCCAAAAUCUCCUCAAUUGUAAUGAAAAUAUCUCUAUCUAAUAUAAAUAUUGGAAU